ACGCGUCUUCGGGGUUUCGCGUUUGCGCUACCUCAUCUUAAUUUCUUCUAAGAAGUAGGAGGCGACAAAUGAAACUCAAUUACUCUCAUUUAUCGCUCAAAUUCAGAUCCUCUGUAGGAAGCCUUCUCCUAUCAGCCUACCUGUGAGCCCAACAUAGAGCUUCUCUCAUUGCAAAUCCUUGCCCUUCGACGUUCUAUCGCUCUUAUCCUUAACAUUUGAAGGUUUCUCCUGGGCUUUCUGCGGACGUCGGAGUUAUCUCAAUAAUCCGUCGAGCUGUUACUAUCGGCACAUUCACAUCAUGGCCGAAGAAAUCGUGAUAGACAAAACUACUUUUUUCAAUCGAUUAUCAAGCUUCUAUAACGCAUGGAAAGCAGAUAAACGAUCGAGUCAUGCUAUUUUUGGUGGUGUCUCGUCAAUCGUCAUUCUAAUGGGAAAGACCGAUGAGGCGAACAGCUUUCAGAAAAACAAUGCAAUGCAUUUCUGGCUGCUUGGCUACGAGUUCCCUGCUACGCUCUUAGUUUUUACAACAGAAGUGGUGUAUGUCGUGACUACAGCGAAAAAAGCCAAGCAUCUUGAACCCUUGAAGGGCGGCAAGAUUCCGGUGGAGAUAUUGGUGACUUCCAAAGAUCCCGAGGAGAAGAUGAAAUCAUUUGAAAAAUGUAUCGAGGUCGUCAAAAGUGCCGGUAAAAAAGUUGGUGUCCUACCAAGAGACACAACGGCAGGCCCUUUUGCUGAGGAUUGGAGGAGGGCUUAUUCAGUGUUGUCAAAAGAAGUAGAAGAGGUCGACAUUUCGUCUGCUCUUUCUGCUGCACUCUCAGUCAAGGAUACUGAUGAAUUAGUAUCGAUACGAAAUGCGUCGCGGGCAUGCAGUGGUCUGAUGUCUGAGUAUUUUGUUGAUGAGAUGUCCCGCCUGCUUGAUGAAGAGAAGCAGAUGAGCCACAAAGCUCUUUCGAUGCGUAUCGAUGCGAAGAUAGACGAUGCUAAAUUCUUCAACAAGCUGGCAAAGUUACCCGCUGAGUUUGACCCUCAACAGAUCGAUUGGGCCUAUGGACCUGUGAUACAAAGUGGGGGGAAAUAUGAUCUCAAGCUAACUGCGGUCUCGGACAACAACAACCUGCAACCGGGAAUAAUCAUCGCUGGCUUUGGAAUCCGUUAUAGGACUUAUAGUUCGUUGAUCGCUCGCACCUACCUGGUAGACCCGACUAAGUCCCAGGAGGCAAAUUACGCCUUCUUACUAAACGUUCGCGAAGCCAUCAUUAAAGAGGUUCGUGACGGGACUACGGCCAAGGACCUGUACAGCAAGGCGAUUGGCCUGAUUCGAACUAAACGACCGGAGCUUGAAGCUCAUUUCCUGAAGGCUGUCGGUGCAGGUAUAGGUAUCGAGCUCCGAGACGCCAAUAUGGUGCUCAACGGGAAGAAUGACAAGAUCUUGAAGAGUGGAAUGACCUUCGCUAUUACAGUUGGGUUGACAGAUGUUGAAGACCCGAACAUCAAGGACAAGAAAAGGACUGUUUAUUCAAUGGUCAUCACAGACACUGUUCGUGUUGGGGAAACUGGGCCUCUGGUAUUCACGAAAGACGCCGGUGUGGACAUGGACUCGGUAUCAUUUUAUUUUGGCGACGAAGAGGAGCCUCAAAAACCCGUCAAGGAGAAGAAGGAAGCAAAAUCCAGUGCCGUUGCCAACAGAAAUGUUACAAGAACGAAGCUCCGUGCUGAACGCCCUACUCAAAUCAAUGAAGGUGCUGAGGCACGGCGACGUGAACACCAAAAGGAGUUGGCUGGCAAAAAGACUAAGGAGGGUCUAGACCGGUUUGCUGGCACCACAGGGGACGACAACGGCGUCACGCAGAAGAAGUUCAAGAGAUUCGAGUCUUAUAAGAGAGACAACCAACUGCCGACGAGAGUGAAGGACCUGACUGUUUAUGUAGACCAGAAGGCUUCAACUGUUAUCGUGCCCAUCAUGGGUCGGCCAGUACCCUUCCAUAUCAACACGAUCAAAAAUGCUAGCAAAAGUGACGAGGGAGAGUAUGCCUACCUCCGCAUCAAUUUCCUUUCACCAGGUCAAGGCGUUGGUCGAAAGGAUGAUCAGCCUUUUGAAGACCUUUCAGCGCAUUUUCUGCGCAACUUGACACUCCGGUCCAAAGACAAUGGCCGACUUGCCCAAAUCGCCCAAGACAUCACAGAACUACGAAAGAAUGCUUUGCGACGCGAACAAGAAAAGAAGGAAAUGGAAGACGUGGUAGAACAGGACAAGUUGAUUGAAAUAAGGAAUCGUCGUCCUGUCAAGCUGCCCGAUGUGUAUCUUCGGCCUCCUCUAGAUGGUAAACGAGUUCCAGGGGAAGUGGAGAUCCAUCAAAAUGGUCUUCGUUAUAUGUCGCCUUUUCGAAAUGAACAUGUGGAUGUUUUGUUCAGCAACGUGAAGCACUUGUUUUUUCAACCUUGCGCUCAUGAGUUGAUUGUACUGAUCCAUGUUCAUCUGAAAACACCUAUCAUGAUAGGGAAAAGGAAGACCAGAGAUGUUCAAUUCUAUAGGGAAGCCACUGAAAUGCAGUUCGAUGAAACCGGCAAUCGUAGGCGCAAACACCGCUACGGGGAUGAAGAGGAGUUCGAAGCCGAGCAGGAGGAAAGACGACGAAGAGCAGCUCUGGAUCGGGAGUUCAAGGCUUUCGCCGAGAAAAUUGCAGAUGCCGGAAAAGACGAAGGUGUGGAUGUUGACAUCCCAUUUAGGGAAAUCGGCUUUACUGGUGUCCCAAAUCGCUCCAAUGUUUUGAUUCAGCCCACAACAGAUGCUCUCGUACAAUUGACAGAGCCACCAUUUCUGGUGAUCACCUUGAAUGAGGUGGAGAUUGCUCACUUGGAGCGAGUCCAGUUUGGGUUGAAAAACUUUGACCUGGUGUUCGUUUUGAAAGAUUUCCACCGGGCACCUGUGCAUAUCAAUACAAUCCCUGUUGAAUCACUGGAGGGGGUUAAGGAUUGGUUGGAUUCUGUUGACAUUGCGUUUACAGAGGGACCGCUAAACUUGAACUGGACAACGAUCAUGAAAACAGUUGUAAGUGACCCCUACGGGUUCUUCGCUGAUGGGGGUUGGUCAUUCUUGGCUGCAGAGUCGGACUCGGAGGGCGGAUCAGAUGAAGAUGAAGAGUCCGCAUUUGAGCUUUCCGAAUCGGAGCUUGCAGCGGCCGACGAGAGUUCAGAAGACGACAGCGAGUUUGAUGAUGAUGCUAGUGCGGAGGAAAGCGACGAUUUCAGUGCCGACGAAGACAGUGGUGAAGACUGGGAUGAACUUGAACUGAAGGCAAAGAAAAAGGACAGGGAAAGCGGCCUGGAAGAUGAAGAUCGUGGGAAAAAGCGCAAGAGAUGAUCUAGCAUUCUGCCCGACAACUUUUAAUCAUUAGGGUUUACUUUUAUUAAAGUCAUCAUCAAACGGCCCGGGUUGUACAAGAAUUCUCAAAUGCAAAUUGCUAACGUCGACGGAUGAUUGUUCUACGGCCGAUUCUUGUUGUGUUUGUUUCCACCUAUCUGAUAACAGCAUAUAUGUGCAUAAACAUAAAUAACACAUAGGACCUCACUUCCCUUCUCGCAUAGCAAACCACAU